GACAAACCAGCGUGCCACGAGCAUUCUUCACCACUGGGCCUCUCACAAGCUUUCUGUGUCAAUAUUACGGUACAGAAGAAGGCUUUGACGAAUACAGUCUCGCUUCACUGACCCUGGCCGAUCGGGGGCACCACCUAAAGGAACAAGGAAUGUUGUCACGUCACGGAAAAGAGUGUGUUUCUGAGUCACUCUUAGUCUUAGGCUUAUCGAUGAAUAAUAAAGGUGUCGUGCGCCUUAUCCGAUAUUUUUAGACAGCUUUUCCGAGGAGAGGUGGGCUGGGCCGUUGUUCACCUCUGAAGAAAUCGCGUCUCACAAGUCACGAACAGUGAGAUAAAACCACAGACGAUAACGCAUAUUGUUCAUUCUGUACCUGUCCAUUUCCAGGCCGUGUUCGCGGGCCGGUUACGUCGUUACAGAGUUGAAAGUUUCAUCUUGUGAACAUUAAAUAAGUUUGUGCAUGUGCGUGUUUCCUUCAAACAGAGCAAAGUUUAUAAACACAUUUAGCCUACAUCAAUUUUCGUUGAACUAACUGGUUAAAGAGAGAGAACAUUUUCUCAAGAGGAGGUCAAAUUCCCGCAGCGACAGAACAGGUAAGUCCGGAGCGAGACAUGUUUCUGUAAUGUUUGCUUUGUAUGAUCGGUGUCAAGGCGUUCUGCCUGGGUUUUUUCUAGCCUUCACCCAUCUCCCUUCGCCACUUUCUUCUUGUUUGUUUAGCACUCUGUUACCUCCUUCCCAGCCAGCAUGAAAACGGCGGCCAGAAAUCUACUCGAUGUAGUUUGUUAUGGGUAGUUUCGAAGACGGAGUACAAAAUACUUGGCAAAGUGGUGUGACCUAAGGUGUAACGUGAGGAAGAAGGAAACGUACGUGGGAGAUAUCCUGAUCGCUGUCAACCCCUUCAAAGACCUGGGUAUUUACACCAAAGAGUUCAGCACCAGGUACCAGCACAUCAAACAGAGCACCCACCCACCCCACAUAUUUGCUGUGGCAGAUGCCGCAUACCAGGCUUUGAUGGGAAAUGGCGGAAGACCGCCAGGGAAUCAGUGUGUUCUUAUCAGCGGAGAGAGCGGAGCGGGCAAGACAGAGAGUACCAAGCUGAUCAUCAAACAGCUGGUGGAGCUAUGUCAAGGAAAAACACAGCUGGAGCAGCAGAUUCUGCAGGUGAACCCCCUGUUGGAGGCUUUUGGAAAUGCCCAGACAAACCUGAACGACAACUCCAGCCGAUUUGGGAAGUACAUCCAACUGAAAUUUAACGAUGGGCAUGUUGCCGGAGCUAAGAUAUCCGAGUACCUGCUGGAGAAGUCCAGGGUUGUGAGACAGAACCCCGGAGAGGAGAGUUUCCACAUCUUCUACUACCUGUUCGCUGGUCACACUGACGGGACCUUUGGUCUGGGAGAUCCUGACACAUACAGAUACUUCUCAAAUGGGGCACGUGACUUCAAAAAGCGUCUCAAUUCUCUGCAAAAGCAGUAUGAUGACUUGGUCAACGCUAUGGAUCUUGUUGGUUUCACAGAUGAGGAACAAAUGGACAUGUUUGCUGUGAUAGCCAGCGUCCUGCACCUGGGUAACGUGAGCUUCAAGGUGAACGAAGACGACAGUGUGAGCGUCACAGACAGUAACGGGCCGGUCAAGACAGCAGCCAAACUCCUGGGCAUUGACGCUGCUGAAAUCGAGGCGUGCCUCACGUGCAUGGUGACCGUCACGAAGGGCGAGUAUGUGAAGAGAAACUACAACAAAGGACAAGCAGAAGAUGCCAGAGACGCUAUGGCCAAAGCUGUGUACGGCCGCCUGUUUGGCUGGAUCGUCAACAAAGUCAACUGUCUCUUGGUCCCCGAGAACCAGGAUCCCGACGCAAAGUUCAAUGAAAUUGGAAUUUUGGACAUCUUUGGCUUUGAAGAUUUCGUCAAGGACGGGGGCAAAAACAGCUUUGAACAAGCCUGUAUCAACCUAGCCAAUGAGCAACUCCAGUUUUUCUUCAACCAACACAUCUUCAAGAUGGAGCAGGAGGAGUACCAGAGGGAGGGUGUGGAUUGGAAGGAGAUCAAGUUCGUGGACAACAAACCUUUGCUGGACAUGUUUCUGGGCAAACCCAUCGGUAUCCUGUCGCUUCUGGAUGAGGAAAGCCUGUUCCCUAAGGGUACUGACCAAUCCUAUGUUGACAAACUCACAAAGGCGUUUACAGGCAACCAGUAUUUCGUCAAAAGUCAGCAAACCAACCAGGCAAUCUUCUCCAUCAACCAUUAUGCUGGCAAGGUGACUUACGCAGCUGAGAAGUGGCUGGAGAAGAACAGGGACACUCUGCCUCCUGGCAUCACAGAGGUGCUACAGUCCAGUGAAAACCGGCUCGUGAAGACCAUCUUCAGAGGUCAACUCACCCGUACUGGCAGUCUAGCUCUCCAGGGACGCAUGUCAACGAGCAAAGGAACCAAAAGGAGGAACCUCAUGCCUGUGUCGUCCGGCAAUGACGCCGCCAAAAGAAAACUUACCGUUGGAGGACAGUUCAAGAACUCACUGGCCAUUCUAAUGGAGCGCAUGACGGCAUCCACACCAAUAUUUGUUCGCUGUCUGAAGCCAAACCACAAGAAACAGCCAGGUGUUCUGGACACAAAAUACGUGCUAGCUCAGCUGCUUUAUACUGGCAUGUUGGAGACUAUUGAAAUCCGGAGAAAAGGUUUCGCUGUACGACCAACAUUUGGAGAAUUUGUUGAAAAAUACAAAGUUCUGGUUGAUCUCAAACUUACGCCGUCCGCCCAGAACUGUUCCAAGAUUCUCACCACAGCCCGGCUUCAGGGCUGGUAUGUUGGCUACACCAAAGUGUUCCUGAAAUACCGUCAUGUGGAACAGUUGACGGAGUUAUUGGAGAAAGUGGGGAAAUCUGCCAUAUGUAUACAGAAGUACACCAAAGGUUACCUGGCCCGGAAGCGAUAUAGGCGGCGACAAGAGAAGGCCAGGAAGGAAAGGGAAGCUGUGGAAGCCAUGCUUCGACAAGCUGCUCAGCUCAAUGCCGAGGCCAGCACGCGCCUACACACACUCACUGAGCAUGAUAAGACGAAACCGAAAGAUCAAGUGAAGCCCGCCAAAACCCCUUCCGCCCCAGACUUCCCAGCAGAUGGCAUCUCUGUGGCGUCCAGUGGCAGGUAUCUGGAGCCCAAGAAGACUACAACCUCAAUAGGGACACAGAUGGAGGAAGAAAGCGGCUCGGACUCCGAGAUUUUGGAAGACGAUUAUCAGCCUGUGUCUUCAAAUUUAAAGAAAUUUGGUCGUGAAGGAACGAAGACUGCGGCAAUCAAUUGGUUCAAGGAGACUCAGACUUACAACGUGGUGGACAAAAAUGAGAACAAGUUUUCAGAAUGGUUUCAUGGCAUCAUCUCCAGAAGAGCCGAGUCGAGAUGCAGACACUACAUGAUAGACCAGCUGAAGAAUGGAAAGUUCAUCAUUGUCGGAGAGCCCAAAGUCCAUCGCUCUCUGCACGACAUGGUGUCCUACCACAGAAAGGGGAAGUUUAAAAACGGGGCCCACUUUUUGACAGUUCCGGUCCUUGUGGUCAGGUAA